GAAACUGUUAUUCGCGCUGUACUUUUAAAUGGUUGCGGCAAUUUAUGUUUGACGGUAUACUAUAGCAUGGUAUACGAUCAACCACUGUGUUCAUUCCCUACUGUAGCAGACGACGCAGCACGACAAUUUAAAAACUUUUUUAAUUUGACUGAAGAUAAUUUCGAACCCGUAAAAGAAGCAAAAUACUUUUCAUCGAACUGCGGUUUCACUGAUAUCAAAACCGAACGAACAUUUUUGAGUCCUGAGAUCAAUCAACCACCGUUGUAUAACGACGACGUACAAAGUGAACAGACCAGCAAGAGAAUAAGGAACGAAGGACUGGCAAGUUAUAACAAGAAAUUGACGGAAGGGUUUGAACAAUCUGACACUUAUUAUUACGGCAGCAUGAUGAGUUCAAUCCCUACGCAUCACCACCACCACGGUGCGACACAGCAAGAUAUAUUGGAAGGCAGUGGCAGUGGACCAGCAGGCACGGGGUCCAUGUACGACAACUUCUACAACCAAAAUGCGAUCGCAGCUCAAGCAGCAGCGGCGGCACGAGGCCCGCAUGCGGCAUCAGCGGGCCACCAUCAUUAUCCAUCGGCACUUGAUUACCCGACAGCAGCAGGAGCGUCAAAUCCGUACCUUUGGCUAAACGCAGCAGCGGCAGGUACAGCGACAAUGGGUGCAGGAUCCAACCCAUAUAAUCCAGCGACUUCCUACAUGCAAUCCGCAACGUACGGAGCCGCGGCGGCAGCAGCAGCGGCGGGUCAACGACAGUUUUUCGGCGCUCCGGGCUUCAGUUCGGACUUCGCAUGGCUUUCGCUAUCAAGUCAAUCCGAGUUGUUUAAGAUGGUCCGACCGCCUUAUUCCUAUUCCGCUUUAAUUGCGAUGGCAAUACAGAACUCGCCCGAAAAGAAACUAACUCUUUCGCAGAUCUACCAAUACGUGGCGGAGAACUUUCCCUUUUAUAAGAAAAGUCGAGCUGGCUGGCAGAAUUCAAUCCGACACAACCUUUCACUUAAUGAUUGUUUCAAAAAGGUGGCAAGAGACGAGGAUGACCCGGGAAAGGGAAAUUAUUGGUCGCUUGAUCCGAAUUGCGAGAAAAUGUUCGACAACGGAAACUUCAGGCGAAAACGUAAGCGAAGAGAUCAAAACAACCUUCUGGGUAAGGACACGAUUGAGCGUCCAGCGGAUUUUAAUUUGCCCCAAAUUCCACCGCCUAUAUCCCUGCUUAACGCUGUGCAGAAUAACCAGCAGGACGGAAGGAUGGUAUCAGAGAGCCCUACAGCUGUAUCAAGUCAACACGGAUCGACACAGAACAACCAUCACACACAACACAACAACGCUGGUGUGGCAGGCAUGGACUUGAAACAUCACAACGCUAAUAUGUACCAAGACUCGUCUUCGAUGCUCGGUGGCAUGCACGUGAAACCAGAAAUACAGCAGCAACAUUCCGUCGAAUCAAUGGAGAGUGGUGGCCAUGCACGGAGCCCACUGACACCAAGCGCACAACGAAGCCCACCCGCACUUGGGCACAACAUGGGAAGUGGAAGCAUCAUGGAGGCUUGUUCUCGUUAUGGCAUCUCUGGUAAUGGCGGAGGUCAUAUAUCUUCUCCAACACCGACAAGUCCAGAUUGCACGCAUUCCGGUGGUGGAUAUGGUGGAAGUCGCGCAGCAGCAAUGGCAAUGGCACACAGUCAGCAAAUUCAUAAUCCAUACGGAUCUGGUAGUAGGUCUUCCAUAACUUCUCCACAUGGUGCACAUUGCAUGCCAAACCCGUUCAACUUUAGUGUCAACAAUCUCAUACAACGUAACUAUCCCAAAAUUUAAGCAUCACUUGAAAUAAACACUUUGCUACAGCGAGGCAGUAUCUGUCUAAAAAUAACCGACUUGAUUUUACAUCUAACUGUUCAUUGCAAACAUUAAGUUCCCUUAUUCUUACUUUACCUUCGUGUUUCCGACAUUCCGUAUUUUAACGCCAAAAAAAACUUAACUUGCUUUGACUUUUCAUGGACCACAUUUUUUCGUACUUAUUUAAAUUAUCUAUAUAAAUACCUUAUUUAUAACAUUAAAA